AUGGGUACAGGCCUGCUGUCCAUUCUUCGAAGACUAAAGCAGUCUCCCGAUCAGGAAGUGCGCUUACUGUUGCUAGGUUUGGAUAAUUCUGGCAAGACCACUCUGCUGAAACAGCUGGCGGCUGAAGAUAUCAGCCACAUCACACCGACACAAGGCUUCAAUAUAAAGAGCGUUCAGUCAUCUGGCUUUAAGUUGAAUGUUUGGGAUAUCGGAGGUCAACGCAAGAUCCGCCCCUACUGGAGGAACUACUUUGAGAACACAGAUGUGCUCAUCUAUGUGAUUGACAGCUCAGACAGGAAACGGUUGGAAGAGACUGGUCUGGAGCUGGCUGAGUUGCUGGACGAGGAGAAGCUUGCUGCCGUGCCACUGCUAAUCUUUGCCAACAAGCAGGACCUGAUGACAGCCACGCCAGCCUCAGAGCUGGCAGAGAGUCUCCACCUUCACACCAUCCGAGACCGCAUGUGGCAGGUCCAGGCCUGCUCAGCACUCACUGCUGAGGGAGUGCAGGAUGGCAUGACUUGGGUUUGCAGGAAUAUAUCUUUUCGGAAGAAAUAA